AUUAAAUUCAGGGGUGACGUCGAGAAUUAAUUUUUUUUUUUUUGGCCCCUUCUCCGAAUUAAGCCUUGUUGAUUUUUUUUUUCUUUUUCCUAAAAAAAAAAACCUUCCCUCCCCACUCUAAUUUCAUUAUAAUAAAAAAUAGACAUUUAGAGACAAAAUGGCUUCCUUAGCACGUACUUUUGCCUCUUCUCUUUCUAACCGCACUUUCCAUGCCGGAGCUGCUUCUGCACCUGCCAUGAAGAGAUUUUUCAGCGUUGGCACCAGCAACAAGGAAGAGGAAAAGAAGCAGAGAUCAGCCAGCGGUCUCUUGAACAGAUCUGUUAUUGAUGUAUUAAUUGUGUCCUCUCAUUCCCCUUUGAUAGCUGUUUCUUCUCAAACCAGUAUGCAAAUGCGUCACAACACCACCAACAUUCCUGAUUUUUCCAAGUACAAAAAGACCAAGAGCAGUGGUGAAGCCAGCCGUAACUUUGCAUACAUGGUUGUUGGUACCACCGGUUUAUUGAGUGCUGCCGGUGCUCAAGCUACUGUGACCGAUUUCUUGGCCAAUAUGUCUGCCUCUGCCGAUGUUUUAGCUUUGGCCAAGGCCGAAGUUGAAUUGUCUGCCAUUCCCGAAGGUAAGAAUGUGACCAUCAAGUGGAGAGGAAAGCCUGUUUUCAUUCGUCAUCGUACCCAGUCCGAAAUUGCUGAAGCCAACGACAUUCAAAUCUCCUCUUUGCGUGAUCCUCAAACUGAUGCUGAACGUGUCAAGGAUCCCAAGUGGCUCGUCAUGUUGGGUGUUUGUACUCAUUUGGGUUGUGUUCCUAUUGGUGAAGCUGGUGAUUUCGGUGGAUGGUAUUGUCCCUGUCACGGUUCUCAUUAUGAUAUUUCCGGUCGUAUUCGUCAAGGACCUGCUCCUCUUAACCUCGAAAUUCCUGAAUACAACUUCCAAGAUGAUAAGCUUAUCAUUGGUUAAGCAUUUCUCUUAUUUCCUAUACACCAUCAACAAAAUCAACACUAUACAGUCAUUUUAUUCUUAUUAUAAAAAAAAACAGGAUAUUUAUACAUCAAGCAAUAUUUAUUACUUUCUUUUUUUUUUGAUUUUGAUUUUGGCACAUGUAGUGGGAUAAAUACAGAUCUACAAAGCAUCAUGCGUUAUCGUGAAAAUAAUAACCUAACCCCCUCCUCCAAAAAUGAUGACAAAACGCAUUUCAAAUCCCCGAUUUAAACCAUGCUUUUUUUUAGAUAACUAUUUUAAAUUUAAUUGC